CAUUGGACAAGGUAUCAUUGAUGCGGUGUAGAUCGCAUUUCAGCCAGAGAUCACAACGCUGGAGAGGUAGCCAACGAAAUGGGGCGUAGAGCGAGUACUUAGUAAACUAUUGGAAUCUUGCAUCUCCUGACGUCGAGACAGGUUACACCAAGGCCGCUCCCUUAAACUUGAUGAGCUGAAACGGUCACGAGAACUCUGCAAGGAGACUAUGCGUCUAUCACAUAUUGCCACAGGAGAAGUAACAAUCAAAAUCAUAAUCGAAAUCAACCGAUGGCAUGAGACGGUGCCCUCGUGCCCCCGUUCCCCUGAAAUCUUUUAAGCUCCUCCUCAUAGCCCUCUCCUUGCUUCCUUUCCCCACCAGAUUCAAAUUAGAUUUUCAGUGUAGAACUUCGCAGUUGUUACCCCUCGGUUAUCGAGUCAACAGGUAGAUAUUCACGAUGGCGACCGACGAAUCUCUCACGACGUGCGAGGGCAUGCCUACCGACGGCAGCAUCGCAAUCGCCAACUGGGGCGGCGACAACUCGGCUAUAUACUACACAGACGCGAGCCACGGCGUCCGCCAACGUACUUAUGAUCGAGGCAGGUGGGACGGCGGCACCGAGUCCGACAUCAUCUUCAGGGCCAAGACUUCGACGCCGCUCGCUGCCAUGCAAUGGUUCUCCAGAAAGGAUCAUCCCGAAAACGACGUGAACAGUAUCCGUUUCUACCACCUCGACGACAUGUGUUACAUGAGAGAAAUGUGCUGGGACGGGGGCAUCUCAGGAUGGCCCGCGACUACCAAAGCGAACGCCGGCACCUGGUUCAGCGGUGAGCUUAACCAACACUCGGCCGUGACGGCGGGAAAUUCCAAGAUGGCUUCCGUAUACUGGGCCAACUACCUGCGCGUCAUAUAUCAGGCGUCCGAUGGCUCUCUGCGCGAGCACUGCCGCGACUACAUGCAAGAUUGGUACGCUGGUAAAACCCUUCCUUGCCCCGCUGGUACUCGACCGUAUAGCGGUACGGCCAUUGCCGCUGUGUCUCGAAACCCAUCGGCUCCGGAAGUCUUCGUGUUCUUCCAAUGCGAGGACAGCUACGUGUACAUGGCCAAGUACACCGGGUCGUGGUCAGUAGGCGGUCCACUCUUCAAGGCACAGAGGGGAUCAGGGCUGGCGGCGGUGAUUCGGCCGAGCGAGAAUGCAAUCCAAGUCUUCUGCGCGAACGAAUAUGGCAUCCUGACGAAGCACAAAGGAGAGCCAGGGGAGUGGAAGACCACCCCCGGCAAUCAGGAGCUGCUGGAGAAUACGGCGAUCGCAGGGCGAGUAUACAAGCGCAAGGCGGACCAAAAAGAGAUGGUUGCGCUUGUCUUCGUGCUCAAGACCAAUGCGCUUUCUAGAAGCGCCGCGUACAGCACCGAGCAGGGCAGGAGGGUGUUAGAUGGUGGAAACGUGUCACGCUUUUUGAAUCUUACCCAUAAGGCGUAUCAUGAAGAAAACGGGUUUGUAGGAGGCGGUGGCUUUGACGACGACUAGACUAAAGACUUCAUCAGUAUGGUGGCUACCUAGGUAUUUACCUAGUAAUCUAUUGUUUGGAAUAUUUCAUUUGUUGGUAUUCCUUCGUAUCGCUCGUUGAGGAUACUUUCACAUGUUAACCAUACCAUGAUCAAUUAAAAAAUUCUUACCCUAACUUCAAGGUGCCGAGAUACUAAUCCCGAUCUUUUUCCAUUUUUAUCACGAACACAUGAGGCUCCGCCCCCAUCCACCGAUCCGAUCCGAUCUGAUCCGAGCCCGCCCCGGUCCUGUUCAAGGUGGUUGAUCAACCGUUGAACAGCGUCAGGGAAUUGCCUGCAGCUGUGGAUUGCGCCGCAGCUGUAAGCUACGUCUCAAGUGAAAGCUAGAAGCAAGAGGUAAGCUGGUAGAUCGCUAGUACGGGGUGGGGAGUGAUCUUGUUUGACGCCUAAACCUCCUCUAAAACCCGUUAGGGGCCAAAGGCCCCUUAUAUAUUCGUAGAUGUUACACAAGACUGCAGCCACGGCGCUGCUACCCUUGCUCUUAGCCUCUGACGAAUGGUGUCAGAUA